GAAAGGAAUCUAUUCAUCCCUUUGUUCCGAUUAAGUGCUUUAUCUGAGUUCAUCUAUGUUAUUCUAUGUUUUUUAUAUACAACACAGCUGUUCGUAGAAUCACAUUUAUAUCCAAAAAAUGCAGCAGAGUAUUCAAAAUAUUGUUUGAUAAAAAUUGUUUAUAUUUUUUUUACAAAUAAAAAUGCGUAAAGUUAUGUCAAGUUUAUUUUACACCAAGAUUAUUGUUCCUACAAUUCAGAACAAAAUUUUCAAGCAACAAAGAAGGUGGAUUUAUUUAUCGAGCAGGUAUUUCUCUGUUAAAGAGACAACUGAUGUAGAAUAUGAUGUGCCAGUUGAAACUAUCCGUAACUUCAGUAUUGUUGCACAUGUUGAUCAUGGUAAAAGCACACUCGCAGAUAGGCUACUGGAAUUAACUGGGGCUAUAAAGGCAAACUCUGGCAAACAAGUUUUGGACAAUUUGCAAGUAGAGAAGGAACGUGGAAUUACUGUAAAAGCACAGACAGCUUCAUUGUUUUAUUCAUAUCGAGGGAGAAAUUAUCUUUUAAAUCUCAUCGAUACACCAGGUCAUGUGGACUUCUCUGCAGAAGUCUAUCGCUCACUGGCUCCUUGUCAAGGAGUCAUACUAUUAGUCGAUGCAAAUGAUGGUGUUCAAGCGCAAACAGUCGCUAAUUAUUACUUGGCGCGAGAGAAAAAUCUCGUAAUUAUACCAGUAAUCAAUAAGGUGGAUCUGAAAAAUGCCAAUCCCGAAAGAGUGAGAGAUCAGUUGCAGACAUUAUUUGAUGCAGAAGAUAUCGAUGUUAUCAAAAUAUCUGCUAAAUUAGGCACUGGAAUUGAUAAAGUUCUAGAUGCUGUAGUUGAAAGAAUUCCACCACCCACAGUAUGCAGGCACGAACCCUUUAGAGCAUUAAUAUUUGACAGUUGGUACGACAAACAUAAAGGUGCUAUUUCUUUAAUUUAUGUGAAAGAUGGAGCACUAUCAGUUGGCAAACACAUCAGCUCCGCACAUUUACAAAAAUCGUACGAAGUUCGAAGUAUUUUUUUUCUUAGACCUCAUGCAGAGAAUGUGAAAACAAUAUUUGCUGGGCAAGUAGGCGCUAUUUCAUGCAAUAUGAAGUCUAAAGAGGCUUGCAUUGGUGACACUUUGCAUCUACGGCAUCAACCUGUUGAUUCUUUAGAAGGAUUUAAGCCACCAAAGCCAAUGGUAUUCGCAGGUGUAUAUCCAAUGGAUCAGUCACAAUUUACCUCUUUACAAACAGCUAUUGCUAAACUUACAUUAAACGAUAGUGCUGUGACUGUCACUUUAGAAUCAAGCGUUGCACUUGGAAGGGGAUGGCGAAUUGGCUUUCUAGGUUUAUUACAUAUGGAAGUUUUUAUUCAACGUCUUGAACAGGAAUAUGAGGCACAGCCGAUAGUUACAGCACCCUCAGUCACAUACAAGGCAAAGAUUUUUGGCAGUAAAAAUAUAACAAAAUAUCAAAAUGACAUCGUAAUUUUUAACAAUCCAGCGCAUUUCCCGGACAUGCAAAUUGUUAGCGAAUUAUACGAACCUAUGAUUAUAGCAACUGUUAUAACACCAGUUAAAUAUAUGAGUGAUAUUACGUCACUUUGCCGAGAAAAGCGAGGCGUAGAAAAAUUAAACAAGACUAUUGGCAAUGACAGACUUAUGUUGCAAUAUAUAAUGCCAUUGAACGAAGUAAUCCUGGACUUUCAUGAUUCUUUAAAGAGAAUAAGUUCUGGUUAUGCUAGUUUUGAUUAUGAGGAUCAUGAUUAUCAAGUGUCAGAUAUUGUGAAGUUAGAUAUUCUCUUGAAUGGAAAAAUGGUGGAAGAAUUAAGUACAAUUGUACAUCAAACGAAAGCGAUACAAACAGGCAAGAAAUUGUGCACUAAGCUUGUCGAAACCAUUCCUCGACAGCUUUUUGAAAUAGCAAUUCAAGCAGCAAUAAGAAGUAAAAUAAUUGCAAGAGAAACUGUAAAAGCAUAUAAAAAAGAUGUAACAGCAAAAUUAUAUGGAGGUGAUGUUACUAGAAGAAAAAAAUUGUUGGCACAACAAUCGGAAGGAAAGAAGAAAAUGAGAAUGAUAGGAAAAAUUUCUUUACCACGGGAUACAUAUAUAAGUGUACUGAAAAAGUGAUUUUUCACAUGAUGUGUAAAUAAACAUUGUAAGAGAUUUUGCA